ACUAUCACUCUACAAAUAGGGACUAAAGAGGCACUAGGGAACUCACUCCUCUCUCAUAUCCCAAUUUUUACUCAACGUAAGCAUUAUCAGAGGUAGAAAAAUGGCUGAGGCAUGCAACAACCAAGGCGUCUAUACUUUGGUUGAGAAGCUUGAGACAGACGUGGAGAUCAAAGCUUCGGCUGGACAGUUUUAUCACAUGGUCGCCAGACCACACCAUGUCUCCAAAGCAUGUCCAGGCAAGAUUAGAGAUUGUGAUCUGCACGAAGGUGAAUGGGGCAAGGUCGGCUCUAUCGUCCACUGUUACUACGUUCUUGAUGGGGAGGCAAAGAUGACCAAGGAGAGGAUCGAGGCAGUGGAGCCGGAAAAGAACUUGAUCUCGUUCAGGGUUAUAGAAGGUGAUCUGAUGAAAGAGUACAAAAGCUUCUUGACCACGAUCCAGGUGACCCCUAAGCAUGGAGGGCCAGGGAGUAUUGUGCACUGGCACCUUGAGUAUGAGAAGAUUAGCGACGAGGUUGCUCAUCCCGAGACUCUCCUCCUGUUCUGUAUUGAACUCUGCAAAGAGAUGGACGAACAUCUCUUGUCUGAGGAAUAGAGGAGUACUCCUCGUGUGACUUUCGUCACUUUCCUAUCAGUACUUGUGUGCAUGGUUGAAGCAUGUUGAUUUCAGUAUUAAAAAUUUCAAUAAAUAAUGAGUGUAUAAUAUAUAUGAGUGACAUGUGAAAUGGAAGUGCUGUAUUAUACAUGCACGUAUUCUACUUUCUUGUUUGUUAAAGUGUAUUAUAAUUAAAUAGCAUUUAAGUUUAUUUUAUUUUGGUUUACAUUAAAUUAAUGUAAAUAAUCAAAUAUAUGUAUGGACCUAUUGUGACA